AGGGUAUUCGUUUAAACGUGUAAUGUUACCCAUCGCAUAAAUUUAUGCAAAUACGCAGUGUGUUACAUGAACGCACUUCAAAUUCUUUGUGUAAAUGCCACUUAUUUAUGUAUUAAACAGCUGUUUGGGUGUCAAAAUAUUAAAAUGCCGAAAGUUAGCGAAAAAGCAAAAUUUAUUCAACUUUGCGAAAAAUCACUAGUAUUUGAUUUGUUAAUGUUGGAGCUGUUUGGAAAACAUGACGAAAUCCAACGCAAAAAGGAAGAUGAAAUUAUGGAAGACUUUAGCUUUGCAUUGGCAGCUGCUGCAUAUUUUAGAUAUGGAUCUACAUUUGUUCAUCAUUCUGUCCCAAAAUCACCCAACUUUUUAAUAGAUGUAUUACCGCAUUUGGAUGAAAACAGGUUUCGAGAAAUUGUGCGAGUCAGCAAAACCACAUUUGAUUUUAUCAUUGAUCUGAUAAAGGAUGACGAAGUGUUCAAUGGUCCACGUUCAUGUAAACAGUUUCCUAUCCAAAUUCAAUUGGCUGUAGUAAUGUACCGACUGGGUUCAUGUGGAGAAGGAGCAACAAUUACUAAAAUUGCUAGUUUGUUUGGUAUUAGCGAUGGUGGAGUAAUACAGGUCAUGACCAACAGGGUAUUUGAUGCAAUUAUUAAAAGGAAAACUCAGUUUCUGUUUUGGCCGGACCCUGUAGAGCGUAGAGCUUUAGUUGUUCAAACACUCAGUGAGCUACCACAUUGUGUUGGCUACGUAGAUGGAACGGAGAUAAAAUUGGCGGAAAAACCCACUGUAGAUUGCGAAGCAUAUUUUUCUCGCAAGCAUAUAUAUUCACUUAAGGCUCAAUGUGUGUGUGACCACAAACUAGUAAUUCGUCAUAUGGUAUUGGGGUAUCCCGGUAGUGUUCACGACGCUAGGAUAUACAACAAUUGCGAGCUAUCCACAAACGCCACUGAAAUGCUAACAGGAUCAGAGUGGUUAGCUGCAGACAGUGCAUAUAAAUUAACUUCGACCCUUAUUACUCCUUUUAGAAUAAACGCAACGGAAGGCACCUUGAAUCAACGAAUUCUGUUCAACAGAACGUUCAGCCAGUACCGAAUAAGAAUUGAGCAUUGCUUUGGUUUAUUGAAAGAACGUUUUAAUAGCUUGAAAGAACUCAAAAUUCAAAUAAAGAGUGAUAAUUCGGUAAAGUUUGCAUGCCGGUGGAUAUUAGUUUGUGCGAUAUUGCACAAUAUUAUAUUAAAAGAAAACGACGGUGGUUUUGAUGUUGACGAAGAAAGCAUUAGUGAAAACAGUGAAGUCGACGAGCCUGGGGAUCAAAACUUACCAACAGUUGAAGGUGCAUCUAAGCGCCUUUCAUUGUUAUCACUAAUGGAAACUUAAAAAUAAAGUAUUGAAACUCAUGUUUACAUAUCUUUAAAAUCCAUUAA